GCGGCCGGGGGACCGGUCGGGCCGGGACCAAGGGCACCAUGUCGUCCGGGGCCAAGGAGGGGGGCGGGGGCUCCCCUGCCUACCACCUCCCCCACCCACACCCACACCCACCCCAGCACGCCCAAUAUGUGGGCCCCUAUCGGCUGGAGAAGACGCUGGGCAAAGGACAGACAGGGCUGGUCAAACUUGGGGUCCACUGCAUCACUGGUCAGAAGGUCGCCAUCAAGAUCGUGAACCGGGAGAAGCUGUCGGAGUCGGUGCUGAUGAAGGUGGAGCGGGAGAUCGCCAUCCUGAAGCUCAUCGAACACCCGCACGUUCUCAAGCUCCACGACGUCUACGAGAACAAGAAAUAUUUGUACCUGGUCCUGGAGCACGUCUCUGGAGGUGAGCUCUUCGACUACCUGGUGAAGAAGGGGAGACUGACACCCAAGGAGGCCCGGAAGUUCUUCCGACAGAUCGUGUCAGCUCUGGACUUCUGCCACAGCUACUCCAUCUGCCACAGAGACCUGAAGCCCGAGAACCUGCUCCUGGAUGAGAAGAACAACAUCCGCAUCGCCGACUUCGGCAUGGCGUCCCUGCAGGUGGGGGACAGCCUCCUGGAGACGAGCUGUGGGUCGCCCCAUUACGCGUGCCCAGAGGUGAUCAAGGGCGAGAAGUACGACGGCCGCCGGGCAGACAUGUGGAGCUGUGGGGUCAUCCUCUUCGCCCUGCUCGUGGGGGCGCUGCCCUUCGACGACGACAACCUGCGGCAGUUGCUGGAGAAGGUCAAGCGCGGCGUCUUCCACAUGCCGCACUUCAUCCCGCCCGACUGCCAGAGCCUGCUGCGCGGCAUGAUCGAGGUGGAGCCCGAGAAGAGGCUCAGCCUGGAGCAAAUUCAGAAACAUCCGUGGUACCUGGGCGGGAAACACGAGCCGGACCCGUGCCUGGAGCCGGCCCCCGGCCGCCGGGUGGCCAUGCGGAGUCUGCCGUCCAACGGGGAGCUGGACCCGGACGUGCUGGAGAGCAUGGCGUCGCUGGGCUGCUUCCGGGACCGCGAGCGGCUGCACCGCGAGCUGCGCAGCGAGGAGGAGAACCAAGAAAAGAUGAUCUAUUACCUGCUUUUGGACCGGAAGGAGCGGUAUCCCAGCUGCGAGGACCAGGAUCUGCCUCCCCGGAACGAUAUUGACCCGCCCCGGAAGCGCGUGGACUCCCCCAUGCUCAGCCGGCACGGGAAGCGGCGGCCAGAACGCAAGUCCAUGGAGGUCCUGAGCGUCACGGACGCGGGCGGAGGCGGCUCCCCGGUGCCCACGCGCCGGGCCCUGGAGAUGGCUCAGCACAGCCAGAGAUCCCGCAGCGUCAGUGGGGCGUCCACCGGCCUGUCCUCCAGCCCUCUGAGCAGCCCAAGGAGUCCUGUCUUUUCCUUUUCGCCGGAACCCGGGGCUGGAGACGAGGCCCGAGGCGGGGGCUCCCCGACUUCCAAAACGCAGACGCUGCCUUCUCGGGGCCCCAGGGGCGGGGGCGCCGGGGAGCAGCCCCCGCCCCCAAGCGCCCGCUCCACACCCCUGCCCGGCCCUCCAGGCUCCCCGCGCUCCUCGGGGGGCACCCCCUUGCACUCGCCUCUGCACACGCCCCGAGCCAGUCCAACCGGGACCCCCGGGACAACACCGCCCCCCAGCCCAGGCGGCGGCGUCGGGGGAGCCGCCUGGAGGAGUCGUCUCAACUCCAUCCGGAACAGCUUCCUGGGCUCCCCGCGCUUCCAUCGGCGCAAGAUGCAGGUCCCUACCGCGGAGGAGAUGUCCAGUUUGACGCCAGAGUCCUCUCCGGAGCUGGCCAAACGGUCCUGGUUCGGGAACUUCAUCUCCCUGGACAAAGAAGAGCAGAUCUUCCUCGUGCUGAAGGACAAGCCUCUCAGCAGCAUCAAAGCGGACAUCGUCCAUGCCUUCCUGUCGAUCCCCAGCCUGAGUCACAGUGUGCUGUCCCAGACCAGCUUCAGGGCCGAGUACAAGGCCAGCGGCGGCCCCUCCGUCUUCCAGAAGCCCGUCCGCUUCCAGGUGGACAUCAGCUCCUCCGAGGGCCCGGAGCCCUCCCCCCGACGGGACGGCGGCGGCGGUGGCAUCUACUCGGUCACUUUCACUCUCAUCUCUGAUGGCUGCAACGGCCGGAGCUACACCGAUCCAAAGCCAGGAGCCAGGAGCUUCUUCUGGGUCUCCCACAUGGGUGCAGGUGCCCAAGGACUUGGGCCAUCCUCCACUGCUUUCCCAGGCCACAGCAGAGAGCUGGAUCGGAAGAGGAGCAGCCGGGACUCAAACUGGCGCCCAUAUGGGAUGCCGGCGCUUCAGGCUAGGGUGUUAACCCGCUGUGCCACAGCGCUGGCCCUCUUGCCGCUACUUUAACCUUGUAAAUCAAAAGGGCAUAGCUGUGGCAUGCUGCUCCAAGAUACCAGUCCUGCCCCCGGGGCAGACAUCACCAAUCUAUCUCAGCACUUCUUCCUGGAGUUCAGCGUUAGCCUCAGGAACUUUAACUCCAGAGUGCCAGUCUGGGGCCUGGCUUCGGUUCCCAGUCCAGCCUCCGGCCAGCAGACCCUUGGACGGUGGUGAUGGCUCCAGUGCCUGGGUUCCUGCCACCCACCUUGGAGACCUGGGUUGAGUUCCCUGCUCUUGGCAUCAUCCCAGCCCAGUCGUGGCCGUGUGUGGGCAUUUGGGGGAGUGGACCAGCAUAGGGAAGAUCUGCCUGUCGCUCUGUCUCUCAAAUUGGAAAGCAAAAAAUGGCUUCAAAAAAAGAAAAAAGUUGUCACAAGAGAUGAAACCGCAGAAAUGCUCGCCUCCGUUUCGGCGCGGUCCUGAGUCUGACAGCAAGCUUGAAUGACCAGGACGCCUCUCCUCUCCUGUCCCCAGCCUUCACGUCAUGCCCGGGGACAGGCCUGCUCCGGGAGUCCAUCCCCAGAACAAGUGGUGGCUUUCAUCCCCCCCCCCCCCCAUGACUAAUAAGCAGACAUUUCUGAAUUUUGAGGUUUUUUUUUCCCCCUCAUUUACGUGUCCUACAUUUCUGGAUCCUCAGGGCCUUGAGAAACUAACGAGCACCAGCACCUAUUUGAAUAGAACCCGGGGGUAGGCAUUUGUCAAAGGGUUGAGGCGCGGCUUCGGGACACCGGUCUCACCUCCAGGUGGCUGGGUUUCCCUCCCACUCCCACUCCCUGCAGAUGCACACCCUGGGGGGCAGCAGGGAUGGCUCACGAAGCUGGGUCCCCAGCCCCCGCGUGCCAGGCCUCCAUUGAGUUCCCAGCUCCAGCCUUGGUCCCGGCCGCUGUGCACGUCUGGGGAGAGAGCCCGUGCACAGGAAGUCGCCCUGAAGUAGCUUUAGAAACCAGCUACCUGGGUUUGACGUUGUUCCUUCAGAAGCUGCACAGACACCCACCUGCAGGACAGCGGGUGGGAAAUGGAGACCGGGAGGAGGGGCCGGAUCCUACAGGCGGGGGGUC